UGCGAAGUUAUUGUUGUCUUGAAAAGACAUAGCAAAUCUAGUGUCUCUCACAUUCGAUAAAAUGAAUUUUUGAGAAAACUUUACCUUUGUCUUAAAUUCCUCCAGAAACCUCGUCGCCUUAAAGAUCGGUCUGUCUCCAAUCAAAUACUCUCACUUGCCCCGCUUGCAGAGGGUUAGGGUUUUUUGAGCAAAGCAAGGAGUACAAGAUGCAGCAACCACCGCAGAUGAUUCCAGUGAUGCCUUCAUAUCCACCCGCAAAUAUUACCACUGAGCAGAUUCAAAAGUACCUUGAUGAAAAUAAAAAAUUGAUUUUGGCGAUCUUGGACAAUCAAAACCUUGGUAAACUUCCUGAAUGUGCUCAGUAUCAAGCCCAGCUGCAAAAGAAUUUGAUGUAUUUAGCUGCAAUUGCUGAUGCCCAACCACAGACACCAACAAUGCCUCCCCAGAUGGCCCCACAUCCUGCUAUGCAACAAGGAGCAUAUUACAUGCAACAUCCUCAGGCAGCAGCAAUGGCACAGCAGUCGGGCAUUUUCCCCCAAAAGAUGCCAUUACAAUUCAAUAACCCUCAUCAAAUGCAGGAUCCUCAGCAGUUGCACCAAGCAGCCAUUCAAGGGCAAAUGGGAAUGAGACCCAUGGGGGCCAACAAUGGCAUGCACCCCAUGCAUGCUGAGGCAACUCUUGGAAGCAAUGGCCCAUCUGCAACUGCAGGCUCUAAUGAUGUUCGUGGGGGAAGCAAACAGGAUGCCUCGGAGGCUGGGGCAUCAGGUGCUGAUGGCCAAGGGAAUGCAGCUGCUGGUCACAGCGGUGCAGAUGGUACUGAGGAUGCAAAAUGACAUGGCUUGGAGAGUGGUUCAAAAUGGAUAUAUCUGGCUGUUGAUAGUAGUCAUUGCUUAAAGCAGAACUGUUAUUGUUCUGUGAUUUCUCAAUAGAUUGGACAAAGAAUUGGAUGUGUCUUGUUUCUUUCUAGUUUUGACAGAUUAGGUAGGUAAGUUGUAAGAGCGUCUAGGUACGCCAAUGAAUGAAAUGCAAACCAGCAGUGAGAAAAAGACAGCUGUAGAUUGUAGAAUGAAGAGGUGGAAGUUUGUACUCCCUAAUUGUGUGUCGUUUUGUAAUGGUUACGAAUGCAUGCGCAGGUGUUUUCGCA